AUGACUUGGCGUCCAUCUUAUAGUAAUAAUUCAAAUGAGAAAACGUAUUAUGCGUCAGAUUUUCGUGCAUCUCUGCCGAGUUCAACUGCCUACAGUGGUGACGUUCGUCGUCAUAAAUUUGAUUGUGAAUUAGGGGCCGCUGCGGCUGCUUAUUCACGUGGACCAACUUAUUCAGACUCAACAAUCAAUCAAUAUGCUCGAAACAUCGCAUCCUCGGACAAUGUUCACUAUUAUGGCAGUGCAACAUCGAAUUAUGGCCAUGACCGAUCAUCAGUCAAUCAAGUGUUGAGAUCAGCUUAUACCAAUGAACGAGUUGCUUUAAAGCCGCACGAAGCUUCACAUAUUCGGGAAGGAGCAGCAUGGUUAGCAGACCAUAAACACGAUUUUAGUCAAGGUUUUGUCAACUCGGCAGCAUCAUUAUUUAAAAACGUUUAUGAUCAAGAUGGGCAUAAAGUGGUUGAUAGAAGAACAUUACGUUAUUGA